UUUCCCUCGCAAGAAGCGUGUUAGCGCCCCCCGCAGCGAUGAAUCUGCUGUACGUUUUUGGGCUGAUUCUGGGCGUUCGCUUGGCUUCCGUUUUCGUGGUUAAGACUUAUUACGUGCCCGACGAAUACUGGCAAAGUCUGGAAGUGGCCCACAAACUGACCUUUGGAUAUGGCUACUUGACAUGGGAGUGGGUCCAGGGCAUACGCAGCUAUGUGUAUCCCGUGCUGAUUGCUGGACUGUACAAACUGCUUGCUCUGCUCCAUCUGGACAGCGUUCAGCUGCUGGUGCUGUUGCCGCGCAUCCUCCAGGCCACCUUGACGGCCUACUCCGACUAUCGCUUCUAUGUGUGGACCGGCAAGCGUAAGUGGGCCUUGUUUCUGAUCUUGGUGCCUUGGUUCUGGUUCUACACUGGCUCGCGCACGCUGGCCAACACCUUGGAGGCAUCGCUGACCACAAUUGCGUUGAGCUACUUCCCGUGGUAUGGCGAGGGAACCGCAUAUUUGUGGCCCGCUGCCAUCUGUUGCUUCCUGCGUCCCACGGCUGCUGUCAUCUGGCUUCCCCUGUCGCUCUAUCAUCUCCGCAAGAGUCGGCAGUCCGUGGUGGAGUUGAUCCUGAAGCGUUUCUUGGUCAUCGGCUUACUUGUUGCCGGCUUGGGCAUUGCCAUCGACACGUACUGGCACGGCCACCUCAUUGUGACGCCGUACGAGUUCCUCAAGUACAACAUCUUCAACAACAUUGGCAGCUUCUAUGGCUCGCAUCCGUGGUAUUGGUACUUCACCGUCGGCCUACCCACAGUGCUGGGCAUCAACACUCUCCCGUUUAUAUACGGCAUCAUGGAAACAGUCCGCAAAUCGGAAAAGCACGAGGUUAGCAAGCAAUUACUGAUUACCAUUUUCCUCACACUGGUCGUGCUGAGUACGGUGGAGCAUAAGGAGUUCCGUUUUGUGUCCUCGCUGCUGCCCUUGUGCCUGUAUGUGUGCGUGGAUGCCGUGUCCCGCUGGAGCUACCGUGCCUCGUCCACAAUGCUCUGGUGCAGCGCAUUUGUGAUUCUAUUAGGAAAUGUGCUGCCCGCCUGGUACUUGAGCACGGUCCACCAGAAGGGACCCAUCGAUCUGAUGCCAAAACUAAGGGAUAUUGCCCAAGAAUAUCGUGAUGAGCGCGAACACCGGGCUAACAUACUCUUCUUAAUGCCAUGCCACUCGACACCGUUUUACAGCCACAUUCACGAGAAUGUUACCAUGAGGUUUCUCACCUGCGAGCCGAAUCUGAAGAAUCAGGAGAACUUUAAGGAUGAAGCAGAUCGCUUCUAUGAGUCUCCCAAUCACUGGCUGAGCUCACACAUACCGAUCCAUCCUCGCACUGCCCUGCCCACUCAUGUGGUGCUGUUCGAUUCGCUAACUGAGAAGAUUGGCGACUUUCUGACCAACUACAAGCUACUGCACAGCAUCGAGCAUGCAGAGGUAAUCCAAAUGGAUGAGUCCCAGGCCCUGUUGAACGAUUGGUCCAAAGCCCUGGGCGCCCAGCCACCUAAUCUUGCCUCUCUAUUGCAGCAUCGGCAGUUGCGCACUGGACGUGCCAUUCAGGUCUAUCAGCGUCUGCUGAAGGGCGAAGAGAAUACGUUUAAUCGUGACCAGCUUCCGUCGGAGCAGGACACUGAGUCGCAGAUCUUUGAUAAUCGUUUUAAUUAAGUAGUUUAUUCAAGCCGAAAAAAGAGACUGGCAAAGAAAGAAAAACAUAGCCCUCCGUUCAACAGAAAGAAGAAUGAAGACAGAUUAAUUUAAUACAAAAGAAAUAUUUUGUACACAUUUUUGGCCUUAGGAAAGUUUUUAAAAAAUAGACGAGGAAAGUGAGAGAAAACUUGCAAAGAGAUUAUAUACGCGAUUUUGUGUACUUCGUGCUCGUAGCUUGUGUUUUAGAAAAUAAGAAUAAAGUUCUAAAGUGAGGCAAUAUAUAUUUAAACUGUCCUUUGCUUUAAUUUCUCAAAAAUAAAGGUUCAGUUGGUGAAAAGUA